CCGUCCCCCCUGCUCCGGCGGCGGCCGCCGAGGCUGCGGCGCGCUUCCUUCUCGCCUCCCCCCUCCUCCCCACCUCUCUCCACCCGCCCCCCGAUAGCGGCCCCUGCGCCGCGGGGACACCCCCGGACAAUUUUUCCAAUUAUGACGAAAUCCAAAAAAGAGCGAGCGAGCUCGAGUGCGCGACGGAGUCGCCGAGGGCGCGUCGCGGGGCCGCGGCAGCCACUGCGCGUUUCCCGGCCUCCCCGCCCGGGGCCGUCUGCGAGGAGCAGAAGUGCGAAGAGGAGGUCUUCCCUCUGGCCAUGAACUACCUGGACCGCUUCUUGGCCGGGGUCCCGACUCCGAAGUCCCAUCUGCAGCUGCUGGGUGCCGUCUGCAUGUUCCUGGCGUCCAAGCUCAAGGAGACCAUCCCGCUGACCGCCGAGAAGCUGUGCAUCUACACCGACAACUCCAUCAAGCCGCAGGAGCUGCUGGAGUGGGAGCUGGUGGUGCUGGGAAAGUUGAAGUGGAACCUGGCGGCCGUCACCCCCCAUGACUUCAUCGAGCACAUCCUGCGCAAGCUGCCCCAGCAGCGGGAGAAGCUGUCUCUGAUCCGCAAGCACGCGCAGACCUUCAUUGCCCUGUGCGCCACCGACUUUAAGUUCGCCAUGUACCCGCCCUCGAUGAUCGCAACUGGCAGCGUGGGCGCGGCCAUCUGCGGACUCCAGCAGGAUGAAGAAGUGAGCUCGCUCACCUGCGAUGCCCUGACGGAGCUGCUGGCCAAGAUCACCAACACAGACGUGGAUUGUCUCAAAGCCUGCCAGGAGCAGAUCGAGGCUGUGCUCUUGAACAGCCUUCAGCAGUACCAUCAGGACCAGCGCGAUGGGUCCAAGUCAGAGGAUGAACUGGACCAAGCCAGCACCCCUACAGACGUGCGGGACAUCGACCUGUGAGGAUGCCAGUCGGGCCGCAAGAGAGAGGCGCGUGCGUCCUCUCCUCUCUCCUUCUCUCUGGUUAUAUUUUGUUCUUUGUGUUUUAGGAUGAAACUUAAAAAAAAAAAAAAAAAUCCUGCCCCCACCUAGAUCAUAUUUAAAGAUCUUUUAGAAGUGAGAGAAAAAGGUCCUAUAAAAAUUGAAUAAUUAAAAGCAUCUGGUGCCUAUUCAAAGUACAACAUAAGGGAAUCCCUUGUAUAUGCGAACAGUUACUGUUUGAUUAUGUAAAAGUAAUAGUAAAAUGCUUACAGGAAAACCUGCAGAGUAGCUAGAGAAUAUGUAUGCCUGCAAUAUGGGAACAAAUUAGAGGAGACUUUUUUUUUUUCAUGUUAUGAGCUAGCACAUACACCCUCUUCUAGUAUAAUUUCAAGGAACUGUGUACGCCAUGUAUGGCAUGAUUAGAUUGCAAAGCAAUGAACUCAAGAAGGAAUUAGAAAUAAGAAGGACGCGAUGGGGAGGAAGUACAAAACAAUCUCUCAACAUAAUCGGACCAUUUUGGAUGCAGAAGCACCUUGCUCCCAGCCGCCUGUUACUAAGUAGGGAGUGUGGUUGGACCUCUACAUGACGUCCUCUUGCUGCCUACAGUAGCUGCUACCUUCAAAAGAUGUUUUAUUUUGUCAGUUGGACGCAGGUGAUUGGCUCCUGGGUUUCAUGUUCUGUGACACCCUGCUUCUUCUUCCAAACGCGGUUCAUUGCAGACACCACCAUGUUGUUAUCUAAUGGGGAAAUUUAGCAGCUACAGCCCAUAACCCAAACUUGUAUGAAACGGAAGCUGAUGGAGACCAAGGGUGGGAUCCGGAAUGGAAUCUUUUCUCCUAGUGUGUGAAGCAGGGCAAUGUGACCUUGGCAUCCCUUAUUAGAAAAAAAACGAAUUUCUGGUGCUGAUUGGCAUGUUUGGUCCACAGUUUAGCAUUGCUAUAAACCAUUCCAUUCGAAAAGCACUUUGAAAAAUUGUUCCUGGGGGAUGAUGGGAUGGUUUAUGCAAAUCAUGCUGAAUACCCCUCCCCUCUCCUCCUUUGCCCCCUCCCUUCCUGCCCUCAGUCUGGGUUACUCUUCACUCCUGGUAUCUGACAUUCUCUGGUACAUAGAUCUGGUAACCCUCCCAGGACUUGUGAGACACCCCUUUCCGCUGACAUUCCCACCACAACAUUCCUCGGAAAAGCCUAAAAACAGUUACCAUUUUGAUGGCACAGAAGGAUCUUAAUUCCCAACUAUAUACUUCUCCUUUGGAUGUGGGAAGGAAAGUUACUGCUGGUGCAAAGACAGAUGGCUGAACAACAGGGUGUGGCAUUUUGUUCCCUUUUCCUUUUUUUUUUUUUUUGUUAAUUUUAUAGCAAAGUUGUAUUCAGCGUACUUGAAUUUUUUUUUUUUUUCUCCUCUCCACUUCUUAGAGGCAUUCAGUUAGCAAAGAGGUUGGAGCAACAACUUUUUUUUUUUUUUUUUGCACAAUUAUAAUUGACAGGUAAUGAAGCUAUUUGUUAAAAUAUUUGCCUUUUUUAAGUAAAAAA